AUGAACAGAACGACUACUUCGCGUCCGUCUCGUGCAAUUCUUCUUCUUCAUGGCAGCGGAUCGUCAGAUGCUAUAUUCAAAUUCCAAACAUCCAAAAUUCGGGCUACUUUGAAGGACAAAUUUACAUUUGUGUUCGCGAAAGCCCCGCACCCCUCGGAGCCCGGCCCUGGAGUGCUUCCAUUCUUUGCCAAAAUGCCGCCUUACUUCACAUGGUUCCGAAAAGGAAUCGAAGCAACAAAGCAAGAAAUUGGAGUCUUCAAUCAGUGCAUCGAAAACACCGUCCUGGCCUGGAAAGCUGAGAACCCUUCAGGGGCGAUUGUUGGAGUGUUGGGCUUCUCACAAGGCGGCAUAGCAUCCACCCUACUGCUGUGGGAACAGCAAAUGGGCUUCGCACCUUGGCUUCCGGAUCUAGAGUUCGGCAUCUUGAUUUGUUCGGGAUACUACGAAGCUUUGACUGAGUGUAUGAGUGAUCUGAGCAUUGAUAACCAUCACGGCGGUCAAGUCUCGACGACCAGAUUGCCUACGUUGCAUCUUUACGGACGACAGGAUGUAUUUGGCGCUCCGUCGUCCAAGAAAAUGUUUGCAACCCAUUUCGCCGUAGACAGCGCCCGAAUGGAAAGUUUCAAUGGAGGUCAUGAGCUUCCUCGAGAUGAAGAUGACCUUAAGCUUAUCAGGAGUUUUGUGACAGAACGCAUAGAGGCCAACCCAAGAUAG